AUGACUGUAAUCACGCGCUACGUUAUUAAAGCCCACUCGCUCGAGACGAUCGGAUAUGCCUACGGCAAGCCAGUCUCGGACGCUGAACAUGGUCAGUGGAUGUCGAGCGUGUAUCUAGCGGUCGCUAGAAAGACCUUCAGAAGCAAAGAGCGGGAACGGUACGUAUGUGGACGGUGCGGUGUGUAUCACCCGGGUUCCGAAGAGAAAACCAAAGUCUGGGACUAUGACGUCGUGGUCGGGUACUCCUGGAAGGAUCGCCGCGGAACUUUGCAGUUCACCUUUAGUGAUGGCACUUCAGAACUGGACUUUCGUGAAGAUGAAAUUCAAGAUUUCGCAUUGGAGACAUACGGCUUGCGACCGUGUCAAGCAGCGAGGACGAGUUCUGCCAAGGUUCUGAAAAAGCUGUCGAUGACUCCAGUGGAUGAGAGCCAGGACAUUCCGCUAUUCGAUGCAGGCGACGAGCGCCUCAGGGUGUUGUUGUACAGAAAUGUGCUAAUUACCUCGGUCGAAGAAGCUAACGAGGUAAUGAGAUCGGAGCAGCAGCCGGCAGGGAAUCUUGAGGAGGAGAACAUGGAACAACUUGGCGACUCAGAUGACGACCUGCUACCCAGUGAAGGAGCUCAGCACGACCUAUCAGGCAAGAUGAACAAAACGGGGAAGCAUGCUAGAGAUACUGAAGCCCCUCAGCCCUCGGGUGAUGCGCGACUGUUGACGAUGCGCCGUCGACUGGGAGAUGACCCGAGAUGGUCAAGGAGAUUGAUCAAGUAA